UACCGCUAUCGAAACAAAGACAGAGAAAGAUCGGAAGUUUUCAGGGUACUGGGCAAUGGGGCGGAGGAAGAUAGAGAUCCGUCGCAUCGACAGCAGGCAGGCGCGGCAGGUCUGCUUCUCCAAGCGCCGCCCGGGCCUGUUCCAAAAAGCAGGCGAGCUGGCUGUCCUCUGCGGCGCCGAGGUGGCCGCCGUCGCCUUCUCCCCGGGCGGCAACGUCUUCUCCUUCGGCGACCCCUCCGUCGACUCCGUGCUCGCCCGCUUCCGCCCCUCCAACAACCCUCAGGAGGCGCAGGCCGCGGCGGCGGUGGGUGGCGGCGUCCGCGACCGGAACCACGCGCCGCCGGAGCUCAACCAGGAGCUUGGCCAGGUGCACGCGCUGCUGGACGUCGAGAAGGCGCAGAGGGAGGCGGCGGAUGAGGCGUUGGCGGAGGCGCGCGCCCAAGGGUUGCAGCUGGCGGCGUGGCUGGAGACCGACGUGACCAAGCUGGGGGAGGAGGACUUGGUGGCCUUCGUCGCCGAUCUGGCGAAGCUGGACGCCGCCGACGCCGUGGCGGCGCGCACCGACCCGGGCCCCCUGGAGACGCUGCAUGGCGGUGGCGGUGGGUUUGAGUUCGGUGGCACCAGCGGUGGGAUGGAGAUCAUGGCGAUGCCACCGCCGCCUGGGUUCGCCGCCCGAAUGCCGAAUGGAGAGGGUGCCUCAGGGGUUUGGGCCGCACGGCUUCCCCAGUGAGGACAUGAUGCUAGAUCGAGUCCAUUGUAUCGUCCGAUACAUGCAUGCACGCAUGGACGUGCUGCGACCCGCGUCGUUAGUCAAUCUUUUUUAUAUUUGGUCAUUAUUAGGUGCACCGAGCAUUCCAUGUAGGUGACAUCAAAUCUGGCCUGAAGCAUAUGUAAUCUUUUUUUUCAGUUUCGUAUCCUCUUGCCGUCUUGAGGUGCAUCGGCAUUUCGUCAACUAGUAGCUUGUAUUCUGUAUCUGUUGCACCAACGAAUGAAAAUACAAGCUUUUAUUUAGAUUA